AUGACCGACCACCAUCGACCGACUUUGCCUUGCCAGCCGCUCAUCUUCCGUGCGCUAUGGUCGCGGCUCGCUGUAGUCAAUUCAACUCCGUUGCCUGACCUUGACAUCACCCUGCCUGCUCAUCGAGUUACCAUCUUCGCAACCCGCGAUGGCUAUGGCUACAUCCAGUCAGACAACGGCCUGUCCGGGGCAAGGUUGGACAACAAUGAUGUUAUGCUUCAGCUCAUUGCCUACUGGCUCAACCCGACACACCCAUGA